AUGCCGUCGUUCAACCCAACCAAGAUCGGCAACAAGAUCAAGCGACAAGAGCAACAUCUCAAGACCAAAAAAGCGAAAGAGAGCACGAAACGAGACGAGCGAUUGCGAAGAAGACGGCACGAGGACAAGAACCCGCAUUUGAGGGAAGAGCGGAGAUCGAAGAAUGUGCCGCAGACGAUAGAUAAUAAGCGGACGUGGGAUGAGUUGGAGGUAGACGAAGAGGAUGAUACGAGGUUGGGGUUGAGCGUGAAUGUUCUUGAUCCCAAGCGGAGGAAGUUGGAGAAAGAUGCGCCUGAGGAGGAGGGAGAUGGAUUGACCAGCGAGAACGUCGAAGCCCUGGAGAAGUUACAAGAGGAAGAAGAUGAGGAGCCAGAGGAAGACGACGACCACGACAGUAUGCUGGACUCAGACUCCGAGGUAGAAGGCUCAGGCGAAGACGAACCCACUUCAAAAAAGCGACCCGACCGCGCCCCCAGCGAAGCACCCUCCAUCGCCCCCUCAGCAGCACCCUCAGCAGCACCCUCAGCAGCGACAGACCUCACCGUCCGCCCCGAAGCCCUCAAAGCCCGCUUCCCCUCCCUCUUCUCCGACGAACCCAAAGACCCCAAAAUCCUCAUCACAACCUCCAUAAACUCCACCCUCCACCACGAAGCCUCGCUCCUCACCGCCUUCUUCCCCAACAGCAGCUACAUCCGGCGCACCGCACACUUCCACAGCUACAAAUACAGCAUCCGCGAAAUCUGCGCCUACGCCUCCAACCCCGAACGAGGCUACACGCACGUCGUGCUCCUGAACGAAGACCUCAAAAAACCCAAAGGCUUCGACAUCGUCCACCUCCCGGCGGGACCCAUGUUCCACUUCUCCAUCUCCAACUGGAUCCCCGGCAACAAACUCCCGGGCCACGGAAACCCGACCUCCCACUUCCCCGAACUCAUCCUCAACGGCUUCCGCACGCCCCUCGGCCUCCUAACCGCACACCUCUUCAAAUCCAUCUUCCCACCCCGGCCCGAAAUCCAAGGCCGCCAAGUCAUCACCCUCCACAACCAGCGCGACUACAUCUUCGUGCGCCGCCACCGCUACGUCUUCCGCGACAAGCGGGGCAGCGAGAAGAGCAUCCAGGGCAGCGACGGCAAGCCCAUGAAAGGCGUCGAGGACAUCCGCGCGGGCCUGCAAGAGUUAGGGCCGAGGUUUACGUUGAAGUUGCGGAGGGUGGAUCGUGGGAUUCAGAGGGCGAGUGGCCAGGAGUGGGAGUGGAAGGCCGGGGAUGAGAAGGUGAGGACGAGGUUUAGUUUGUAA